GCUAUACUUCCCCUUUUCUUGGUGCAAACCCUUCCCGGUUGUCGUCUUGCAGCAUUCAGUGAUGGUCCGUGGCUGACAGGGUUUCUCUUCGCCGGUGAUCGAUCCCUCUGUCCCCUCGUUCACAUUCGUUGAUUUGCUUCCCCCGCGUUAUGAAGCACUAUGGCCGACCCCAACAUGUAUCAUACCUACGGCCAGGCUCCGGUGCCUGGUGAAAACCCCUCCGAUCCCAAUCAAAUGGCAUACCAGGUGCCUCCGCAAGGCUAUCCUGCCGCUGGAGUUCCUCCCGGCCCUUCGCCUCCCCAGCCCGGUGCUGCGUACGGAGUUCCUAGCCCUAAUCAACAAUGGCCCGCCUAUGGCUCUCCCCCGCCAGCACAGCAGCCUCUGCAACAACCACCGUCACAAUUCGCAUACCAAGCCGAUCCGCAAGCUGCGGCGGGUGCCCCUGUGGACCCCGGAAUGGCUGGGCUAGCGUCCCAGAUGAGUGGUUUGGGAAUAAUGGGAGGUGAAGGAGGAGCGGCCCGGUCAAGCAAGAAGAAGCAUCGGCAUGCGCACCAUGAGAUUGCUGGUGCUUCGGCAUCCGUCGCGCAACCCUUCGCAGCUGCUCCCCAGGACCCCAUGCAGCCAACCUCGCAGUUCCUCAACACCGGCUUGAACCAAGCACCUCGUCCCAUCUCGCCCGCCGCGAGCAUCCCCGCCCCCGUGAACCCAGCGUUCGGAGGUGGUGCCGGUGCAGUUCCGACACAAGGGAAGGUCGAUCCGGAGCAGAUUCCCAGCAUUCCCCGGUCUCGCGAUAUACCUGCGCAAUACUACUUCAAUCAUGUGUACCCGACGAUGGAGCGGCAUCUUCCUCCUCCGGCGGCGGUUCCAUUCGUCGCCCACGACCAGGGCAAUUCGUCCCCCAAGUACGCCCGUCUCACCUUGAACAACAUCCCAUCCACCUCCGACUUCCUCUCCUCGACGGGCCUUCCUCUGGGCAUGGUAUUGCAGCCGUUGGCGCGCCUAGACGGUGAACAGCCGAUCCCGGUGCUGGACUUUGGCGACGCUGGACCGCCGCGGUGCCGCCGGUGCAGAGCGUAUAUCAAUCCCUUCAUGUCGUUCCGCUCCGGCGGAAACAAGUUUGUUUGUAACAUGUGCACAUUCCCCAACGAUGUGCCGCCAGAAUACUUUGCCCCGCUGGACCCGUCCGGCUCGCGCAUCGACCGCAUGCAGCGUCCGGAGCUGAUGAUGGGAACCGUGGAGUUCUUGGUGCCGAAGGAUUACUGGAAUAAGGAGCCUGUUGGUCUUCAGUGGCUGUUCUUGAUUGAUGUCAGCCAGGAGUCGGUGAACAAGGGUUUCCUGAAGGGCGUGUGCAAGGGUAUCAUGGAAGCGUUGUACAGCGAAGAGACGGAGAAUCCCGAGGAUGAGGCUCCCUCAAGGCGGAUACCUGAUGGCGCCAAGGUUGGCAUUGUCACUUAUGACAAGGAGGUGCACUUCUACAACCUUAGUGCACAACUCGACCAGGCACAGAUGAUGGUGAUGACCGAUUUGGAGGAGCCGUUCGUCCCUCUCAGCGAGGGACUGUUUGUUGACCCCUACGAAUCCAAGGACGUCAUCACCUCUUUGCUGCAGCGCAUCCCGACCAUCUUCUCUCAUGUCAAGAACCCACAGCCAGCCUUGCUGCCCGCCCUUAACGCGGCAUUGUCUGCCCUGAGACCAACUGGCGGUAAGAUCGUGGGCACGAUCGCUAGCCUGCCCACUUGGGGCCCUGGUGCGCUGUCCCUACGGGACGACCCCAAGGUCCACGGCACCGAUGCGGAGAGGAAGCUGUUCACGACCGAGCAUGCAGGAUGGCGUGAGACGGCCGGGCAUCUGGCCGAAGCUGGAAUCGGACUGGACAUGUUUAUCGCAGCACCGAGCGGAACAUACAUGGACGUUGCUACGAUUGGAGGCCACGUCCCUGAGGUAACCGGCGGUGAGACCUUUUUCUACCCGAACUUCCACGCACCUCGCGAUAUCCGCAAGCUCUCGAAAGAAUUGGCGCAUGCGAUCACGCGGGAGACGGGCUACCAGGCCCUGAUGAAGGUCCGUUGUUCGAAUGGACUGCAGGUGUCAGGCUAUCAUGGCAACUUUGUCCAGCACACAUUCGGAGCUGACCUCGAGAUCGGAGCCAUCGACGCCGACAAGGCUAUCGGAGUGGUGUUCAGCUACGAUGGAAAGCUCGACCCGAAGCUGGAUGCCCACUUCCAGGCGGCCUUGCUGUAUACUUCGGCUAAUGGCCAGCGUCGGGUGCGGUGCAUCAACACCGUAGCUGCAGUAAAUGAGGGUGGCAUGGAGACGAUGAAGUUUGUGGAUCAAGACGCAGUGGUCGCUAUGGUGGCCAAGGAUGCGGCCUCCAAGACCCUAGACAAGUCCCUCAAGGACAUCCGGGCUAGCGUGUCCGAGAAGACGGUGGACAUCUUCAGCGGAUACCGCAAGAUCUUCUCCGGAUCUCAUCCUCCCGGACAAUUGGUGUUGCCGGAGAACCUGAAGGAGUUCUCGAUGUACAUGCUCAGCCUGAUCAAGUCGCGGGCUAUCAAAGGCGGACAAGAGGCGUCGGACCGACGCAUCCACGACAUGCGGAUGCUGCGGUCCAUCGGGUGCACGGAGCUGUCACUGUACCUGUACCCCCGCAUUAUUCCGAUCCACAACAUGCAGCCGACCGACGGAUUCCCCAACGAACAGGGACAACUGCAAGUGCCCCCCUCGCUGCGGGCCAGCUUCUCCAAAAUUGAGGAAGGCGGGGCGUACCUGGUGGACAACGGGCAGCAGUGCCUGUUGUGGCUGCACUCACAUGUGUCGCCCAACCUCCUGGAGGACCUGUUUGGCGAGGGCCAGACGUCGCUGCAGGGGUUGAGUCCACAGACCUCGACGAUCCCAGUGCUGGAGACGCAUUUGAACGCGCAGGUGCGCAAUUUACUGCAAUACUUCUCAACGAUCCGGGGAUCCAAGGCCGUGACGAUCCAGCUGGCGCGGCAGGGUCUAGACGGGGCGGAGUACGAGUUUGCGCGGAUGCUGGUAGAGGACCGCAACAACGAGGCGCAGAGCUCGGUAGACUGGCUGGUGCACAUUCACCGGCAAAUCAACCUAGAGCUGGCGGGGCAUCGCAAACGCGAGGACACCGCGGGGGAGGGGGGAUUGACGAGUUUGGCUGGUCUCCGAGCGCCAUACUGGUAGGAUAGAAG